AUGGAAAAACUUGACUUCUUGAUCCCGGACGACGACGAUGAGGACGAUGAGGAGGAGGAGGGGAAAGAAGUUUCCAAGGACAGCAAGAAGGAUGCGGAAGGAAAGAAGGAGGAGAAGAAGGAGGAAGAGAACAAGGUCGAACCGGCAACCGAGGCUCCGCUCACCUCUCGCCCUCCGGCCUCCGUCUUCAAGUCGAUCUUCGAUGACGACAGCGAGGACGAGGAGGACGAGGUGCCGGAGUCGGUGCAGCAAGGAACGGAAGAAGUCAAGGAGCAGGAUGCUGCUGCCCCUUUGGCGGAGGAGGAGAAGAUCAACACGCUGGACGGCAUGUUGGAAUUCUUCGCGAGUCAGGCGGCGAAGGAGAAAGAAAAAGACAAGCCGAAGGACGAGGCAUCAAAGGGAGGAGGGAAGAAUUACAGGAGGAGGAGAUGGGACGUCACCCCGGCGCAGGCAGAGGAGCAAGCAAAAAGCACGGAUAGAGAGGAGGAGAAGAAAAUCGAGAAAGUUCAGAAUCAAGAGCCUUCGAAACCUCGAGCAGCAGCAGAUGCUAGGCAGCUCGCACACAAGGCAACCAGCGACAAGAUAAGGCCAUAUGAAGAGGAGGUAGACCGGGAGGAGGAGGAGGAGGAGGAGGAGGAAGACAUCCGAACGAACAAUUCGGCGAAUGCGAUGGCCAUGCUUGAGGACGAGACCUCGAAGAAGGAGAGCGUGAAGGUGAAGGAACAAGAGGGGAGUGCAGGAAGCAAGAAGGAGGCAUCGGACAAGGAGGAGGAGGAAGCAGCUGCGGUUCCGAUCAACCCCGCGUUUCAGAUCGAUCCCUCCUCCUCUGUCCCCUACAAGGUCCUUGACUUGAAGGCGAUGAGGCAAGAGGAGGAGGACAAGGCGAAGGCGAAGGCGAAAGAGAUGGAAGAGCAGGAGCAGGAGAAGGAGAAGGAGGAGGGGGCAAACGAGAUUAGAGGUCGGAAGGACACUGCCGAUGCGUUCGGAGAGAUGAUGGGAACGGACGACUACAAGGAAGGGAUCGAACAAGCGAGGAAAAGAGCUAUUGGGCAGAAUGCCAAGUUUCAGAACCUCAUGGAUCUUCCGGACAUUUCGGAUCUGCGAGGGAAGCUCAAGUCUCGUGCUCCUCAGCCCGUCACUCCUCCGGUCUCCGACAGCGACAGCGACUCCAGCAGCAGCUCCAACAAGAAGAGCAAGAAGAGCAAGAAGAGCAAGAAGAAGGGGAAGAAAGACAAGAAAGACAAGAAGAAAGACGACAAGAAGAGCAAGAGCAAGCACAAGAAACGCUGA